AUGGGAAGAACAAUUUCAAAGACUCAAAUUUACGCAAUGCAAGAAAACCAACAACAACUACCUUGUAUUAGCUGCACCACUUUCAACAUUCUUGCUCCUAUAUACAAGCGUCUUAACCAUGAGGAUGAGAGUUGUCGUGAAAGUGAGUAUAGAGGGUGUUGGUUGGCUAGGAAUAACAGGAUAUUGGAUUGGUUGUUGUUUGAGAGAUCUUCCAUUAUUUGUCUUCAGGAAUUUUGGGUUGGAAAUGAAGAGCUUGUUAAUCUGUAUGAGAAGAGACUUGGUGAUGCUGGUUAUAUUCAUUUUAAGCUCGGAAGGACUAACAACCGCGGUGAUGGACUUCUGAUAGCAGUGAAAAAGGAAUAUUUCAAAGUUAUAAAUUAUAAGGAGUUGCAUUUCAAUGAUUGUGGUGAUCGAGUGGCUCAACUGUUACAUGUUGAGUUAGCUUUUCCAAUUUCGCAAUGUCAAAACAAUGGUGUUAGACAAGAAAUUCUAAUUGUCAAUACUCACCUACUAUUUCCUCAUGAUUCAAGUCUAUGCCUUGUGCGGCUUCACCAGGUUUACAAGAUACUUCAAUACGUGGAAUCUUAUCAGAACGAGUAUCAACUUAAACCUUUACCGAUUAUAUUAUGCGGUGAUUGGAACGGAAGCAAACGCGGACAUGUUUACAUGUUCCUAAGGUCUCAAGGGUUUGUAUCAUCCUAUGAUACUGCACAUCACUACACGGAUGCAGAUGCUCACAAGGUAACCCUUUUCUAA